GCGAUAAUAAAUAGUGAAAUGAUUCCAGAAAUAAACACUUGGCAAAACUUUUUCAUUAAAAUGGACAUUUCGUUUGCAGGAAAACAAGCGUUAGUGACUGGAGCUACUUCAGGAAUUGGAAAAGAAAUUACUCACAGAUUAGUUCAAUGUAAUGCAAAAGUUAUUGCAGUCGGUAAAAAUCCGGAAUUGUUGAGUUCAUUGACUAAAGAAUUUCCAUCAGUGACGCCUGUAGCCUUAGAUAUUUCGGAAUGGGAAAACAUCAGUAAUUUGAAUUUAUCAGAAUUAGGUCAUAUAGAUUUACUUGUUAACUGUGCAGGCGUUUCUACCGAGGAAACGAUUACUGAAAUAACUAAAGCAAAUGUUGACAGGCAAUUUGAUAUUAAUACAAAGUCCACAAUUAAUUUGACACGAAUGGUUGCAUCUGACCUUAUUUCUCGUAAAGUUCCCGGAGCAAUUGUGAAUGUUUCUUCUCAAGCAUCGAUGGCCGGUAUACUUGGUAAGUCUGUUUACUGUGCCAGUAAAGGCGCGGUGGACGCAUUUACCCGUGCCGCAGCCCUUGAACUUGGGCCCCACGGCAUUCGGGUCAACAGUGUUAACCCUACAAUCGUUAUGACCGCUAUGGGAAGGAAGUCAUGGUCGGAUCCUGUCAAAUCAGCUCCGAUGUUGGCUAGAAUCCCGCUAGGAAGAUUUGGGACAGUCGAAGAAGUAGCAGAUGCAGUAGUAUAUCUUCUAAGUGACAGAGCAAGUUUAAUUAAUGGAGCGUGUUUACCUGUUGAUGGGGGAUUCUUAGCAAAUUAGAAAAUCUUGGGGUAAGCACGUAUAAUCUAAGGAUAUCGAUGCCGCGUUUUCUUCCGGGUUUUUUAGGCCAUGGUACGUGGAAUCUUGUUUUUCCAAACGUUUCGCCGUUCUUUUCUGAUGGCAUCUUCAGUGGUGACUGGACAGGUGCUGAGUCAGCAAAGAACGGCGAAACGUUUGGAAAAGGAAAAGAUUCUACGGACCACGGAAGCCCGGAAGAAAACACAGCAUCGAUAUACGCCGGCCGCGAAAGCCUAACAACUACAGUAAUCUAAGGAUGCAUACCUAGUGCAGAUACACAACAAAUAAAUUGAGGUUAUGUAGUCGAGAUGCAGCUCAACAAUGCAGGUUUGCUGAGUAAUAGAUUGUCCAGUAUUAAAUUACGAGUAAAUAUGUAAAUUAUAGUGAUUUGCUUAUUAACCAAAUAAAAAAAUGUUUCAAUUUUUAA